AUACCCUAGGGGCCUACUUCUACUCCUUUUUCGGCGUUUUUCGUGACGAUUUGGCUGCUGCCUCAGGUAUUCAAUCAAGAGGGGUGGGUCAAGAUGGCAUGGGAUGGGCUAAUGUGGUAUGAUUUUCGCGACACACGUUCGCGGAUAUGCUUUGCUUUUGGGCGGAUUCGCAGGGUAUGUGUGGUGGUUGUGGUAGUGGUAUUGGUGCCUGGUUGUACCGUACUGUAUCAUAUCGUGUUUUGGGCUCUUCUUUUCUUCUUCUUAUUCGUUACAUGGUAUGCCAGCCCUGCUAGGGGGGCGGGUUCUUUUCAAACGUAUAUGUUAGUCGUGCGGUUUAGUGCUCGUACGCUUGGUAAUACAUGGAUCUCUUGGUUUCAGUAUGCUCUUUUGAAUGUAUGUGAAUGUGGGAAGACUUUGUGCUGUGUUUUGGAUGCUGUCUUCUGACUUGGCGUAGUCUUGAAGGAAGAGUAGCUGAGUGAUAACAGGG